CGAACGUGUUUUAAUAAUAAGCCAGUUAUUUAAGCAGAUACAAAAAGUGUAUUUUCAGUAUAGAAAUGAGCUUCAUUCGUGUCAUUUAGAACAGAGAAUUAAACAAAGUGCAUGAAAAACAAAUGAUAUCACAAUUAAAACAGCUGCAGGCCAUAAAUGAACAGAAAAUGUUAUUUUAUAUUAUUUGUUCAAGAGUAAAAUAACUCGAAAAAAGUAACUUUUUUGUUAUUAUCAUUUUUAUUAUCAUUUUUUUUUCUCAUAUUCAUUUAUCAUUUUUUCUUCCUGUAACACUGCGGCCUGAAAAUGUGUCCUCCUGUUUGCGUUCCUAUCAGAUGGAUGAGCGAGUUUGAUUGAAGCAUUUGUCAUGUAAAUGCGAGGCCGUUUGAUGGACGAGUCUGCAGACUUGACAGAGUGCUGUAGGUCCCUUGCCAUUGGCGUUUGGCGGGUCACAUGGUGUGUCAGGAAGGUGAUAUGAGGGUGGAAGGCAGUUUUACAGCUUUGACAUACUACCUAGAAGGUUAGGGCAAAGGGAGCACCGAUUAAUGACUGCUCGGUCUUGAUCAGUUCUGAACAAACGGCAGGCCCAGGUUCAGGAUGAACUCAUACUUAGAUUACCCCGGGUGUAACCGGGGAGCAAAUAUUUUCAGCGCAAAGGCCGGAUACCACAACUUAAACCAUGGAUAUACAUCCUCCAACUCUUGCGCAACAAGUGAUAGUUAUGCACCGGACGGACGUGUAAUGGUCGCAACUUCGGCGCCCCACCAGACUCCGAGCCUCCCUCUGCACCACCAGAACCACGUAGGCUUGGACAUGCCGUUCGCAGGACCGGGCAACUCCGUGUAUGGCUCACCUCUGGAGUACGGACAUCACCAGUACGGCCUCGCCCCCGAGCAGGACCGGAGCUUUAUCCAUGCACAAGUCUCACCCCUCGCCACAAACAUGGCUCCCUAUACCGGGGACAGUUGUGGGCCUGGGGUUGCACCGGGAGGCCAGUAUCUGCAUUUUGGCAGCGGGGAUCAGAGGCAGCAAGAAUAUUCAGAAAGUGUUUACGCAAGGUUACCGCCUCCAUGUAAGGAAAGGGAUUUGGAGCAUGUGGAAGAAACUUCGAAAACUUUCGAUUGGAUGAAAGUGAAGAGGAAUCCUCCCAAAACAGCAGUCGUGUCGGAGUUCGGUGUUCCCGGCCAACACAACGUGAUCCGCACUAACUUCACCACCAAGCAGCUGACCGAGCUGGAGAAGGAGUUCCACUUCAACAAAUACCUAUCGCGGGCAAGGCGGGUGGAGGUGGCGGCCAGCCUGGAGCUCAAUGAGACGCAGGUGAAAAUCUGGUUUCAGAACCGGAGGAUGAAGCAGAAGAAACGGGAGAAACUGGGCUGUGUUUUAGUAAACACCCCGGCACCAGCGGAGAAACUUUCCACCUCUGAAGCCUCCCCAAAGACAAAAGAGAAAAACUAAACCGUGACUAAAAGUAUAACUGGUGGCCCGAGCACAGUUUUUCACAUUUUCCCCCAAAGUUGCACCAUUCCAGAAAAAAACUGAAAAUUGCUUGUGGAGUUGUGAACUAUACAGGGUAGGCAGUGUCUGCUUGUAGUCAUUUAAUCUUUCUAUUACACACCUCCAUGCUGUUUUUUCUUUGUUGGCGCACUGAUGUACUCAGUGUUACCGUUUGCACUAUUUAUUUACAGGGUAUUUUCCAACAGUUGUUGAAACAAUUUAGCUUAAUAAAGUCUAUAAAAUGCAAUAAGAGUUGUAUUUGUUGUGUGUGACUGUGCAAUAAAAUAAAAACAAAGAAAGAGUAUCUAGAUAAUUCUGAUUCAGUCCAAUCAAACUUUAAAUUCUGAUAAAGAAUUUGUUCUGUUUCACUGUGUAAAAUAAAGUUAUGUGUGGUUUUAAAAACUUAUUUCCCCCCCUGUAUGUUUACCUCUAUUAUUAGUCCCCUUGCAUAAUGUGACAAGAGGAAUCUUUCACAACACAUGGGGUGGUUCUCAG